CUGCCCGCCCAGACGCCGCUCCUCCCGGGCUCCUGGUCUCGGCUCGGCGCUGAGGGAGAGGAAAUGAGUUCGGCGGCGGCGCCCGAGCGGGGUUGGAAGAGCGAGAAACUAGACGAGGCUCAGGCCCUGGCGCGGAGUUGCGCUGCCCGCAGACCCGAUUUCCAGCCGUGCGACGGGCUCUCCAUCUGUGCCACGCACAGCCAUGGCAAGUGCUUCAAGCUGCACUGGUGCUGUCACCUAGGAUGGUGUCACUGCAAAUAUGUGUAUCAGCCUAUGACCCCUGUGGAACAGCUUCCAAGCACUGAGAUUCCUGCUAGGCCUCGGGAACCCGCAAACACCAUUCAGAUCUCAGUCUCCCUCACUGAACAUUUUUUGAAAUUUGCAUCUGUCUUCCAGCCUCCCCUUCCCCCUGACUCACCAAGGUACUGUAUGAUUUCAGACCUCUUUAUUGACAACUAUCAGGUUAAAUGUAUUAAUGGGAAGAUGUGUUAUGUGCAGAAGCAGCCAGCACCACAUUCCCACAAAAUGAGCCCCGAGGAGGUCUCUGCACACGAUGCCUUAAUUUCAAAAGAGAGCAGUACACCAAAAAUAGAUCACUGCUCUUCUCCCUCAAGUUCUGAGGACUCUGGGAUCAAUGCAAUUGGGGCUCACUAUGUGGAAUCGUGUGAUGAGGACACAGAAGAAGGAGCAGAACUGAGUUCAGAGGAAGAUUACAGUCCAGAGAGCAGCUGGGAACCGGACGAGUGCACCCUUCUCUCCCCUUCACAGUCUGAUCUGGAAGUGAUUGAAACAAUAGAAACCACCGUGUGAGAGUCCAGGCAGGAAGCUGCAGCGUCUGAUCCAUGCUGAGCUUUUGUACCUUUGUCUGAUGGAUUCUUUAUUCCAAUGCUGUUGAUAUUUUCUACCCCUCGUUAACAACCAUAGCAGUUUGGUGGUCUGCUGAUUAGCUUCACUCUUAAAUUAGUCUUACAACUAAGACAUUCUUUUUAUUAUAGUUUUCUUUUGUAUCUUGACUUACUUUCUAUGUAGCAUCUGGUGUCAUAAAUUGUGACCCAGCCUUAAUUUCACUUGGAACUUUGAAAGCAGUGAAGCAAUGAUCACAGAGUAUCACGGAUCAGAUUGAGGAGCUACCCAGAGUGAAGGAGACAGUAUUUCUAAGUUGCCGGUCCUUCGCAGGAAGACUCCUGGCAUUCCUUUCAGCAUGGUCAUAGGCACUCCUGUCCUGCUAGUCCCAUGUGGGAAGCAGCUCACUUGCGAGGAACAGAGUGUACCCUGGCAGAUGCUGUUCCUUCCUGCCCCCCCCCCAACAGCAGCACUGGGGCUGGACCAGAGCUGCCUUGGCUUACGUCUGGGAGGUCACUGGAAGCCAGCGCAGCCCCUGGUUAUGGCCAGUGUCGGUACAACGCUCCAUGACUGGGGCUGAGCUAGACCUUCACAUAAGAAGAAACCUCAUCUGUUUCAUGAUCAAAACAGUUUUAGCUGAGCACCUACACUUUACAGGGUGCUAAGGGGGGAUACAGAAUGAAUAAGACCUGAUUCCCACCACGAAGGGGCCCAUAAUCCAACAAGGGAUAUGACGCAUGCAGUGACAGUACCCAGAAUGCCCUGGGAACCCAGGGGAAGCAGAGAUGUACUUGACUUGGGCCAGCUGGGGAAGGUGUUACAGCAUUUGAGCUGGCCUCUUGGGUGAGUUCCCCAACAUUUCCCUGCUUUUCUUAAUUAUUAUUCAAAUCUGGGGAAAACUUUUAGGAAGUUAUAUACAUAUUAUAUUUAGGAGGCAGCCACAUCUGAAUUUUACAGGAAAAAAAAUCAAUUAAUAGUUUUAGUUAGCAUGGAAAUGCUAAAGACAGAAGUCCUUUAGGGAUUAGGAAUGAAUCUAAUAGGUUUGAUUAAUUCUGCUUCAUUUGGUUGUAUGAAGCAUUAGAAUGACUUGGGUGAAAAAUGGAUUAGAAUUCAGUAUGAUGCAUGGAUUUUUUUAUGCAAAUGCAAA